AAAACUACCUGCCAACAACAACAACAAUAACAACAACAUGAACUCAACAAUGCACGAUUAUCAAAUGAAUGGCCAGUUGGACAUGUGCCGCAGUGUAGGAGGACUAGGAGGCGGAGGUGGUGCAUCAGGCCCUGUGGCAGGCCCUGGCCUAUCCAUCCCAAAUUCCCUGAUGCUUGCCACAAAUCCAUCCGGCGGUGGCAAUGUCUCCAAUGGCCUGACCGUGGGUCUCGCUCAUGUCGGCGGUGGCGGCGGUUUAAGCAGCUGCAGUUUAUCAACCACCAACAACUCGGGUCGUACAAAUUUCACCAAUAAACAGUUGACGGAACUGGAAAAGGAAUUCCACUUUAAUCGCUAUCUAACACGAGCAAGACGCAUCGAAAUUGCCAAUACACUGCAAUUGAAUGAAACACAGGUUAAAAUCUGGUUUCAAAAUCGUCGCAUGAAGCAAAAGAAGCGUGUUAAAGAGGGUCUGAUUCCAGCGGAUUUGCUCAGUCAACAACAUAAUGUUGCUCCGGUGAUUAGUGAAAAGCAGACGCAGCAGCAGCAACAACAAGCCGAACUGCAACUAAAGACAGCUACAAAUGACAUGGCCAAUACUGAUAUGAGCACAUCGGCAAUACCAAUAGCGACAACAGCAACAUCAACGGCGCCAGCAGCAACAUCAGCAAUAACCAAACAAAGUUGAACGAAUUGUCUACGCCUGUUUAUUCCUUUUUUUGGUUUUUCUUCUCUCUCUUUAAU